ACUACCAAGUCCCCAUCCCAAAACGCUAUUUCAAGAAUGCUCCUCCUCAAACCCACCACCGCUUCCGCCAUAGCCUCUUUACCCCCGCGUUUCUCUCUAUAUAAACCCUCACUCCCUCACCGGAAAUCUCUCCCCUUCACUUCCUCUCCGGCGACCUCGAGAUCCGCCGCACUUGUCUCCACCCCAAGGAUGAGCUGGCUCAAUAAGCUCGGCUUCGGCGCCGCGCGCUCUCCCGCCGAAAGCUCCAUGGACUCCGCAAUCGCCCAGGGCCCCGACGACGAUACCCCGGCUCCGGGUCAACUGUUCGCCCAAUUCGGGGCGGGUUGCUUCUGGGGCGUCGAGCUCGCGUUUCAGCGCGUGCCUGGCGUUACCAAGACCGAGGUAGGGUAUACCCAGGGGCAUGUCCACAACCCGUCGUACGAGGAUGUUUGCACCGGCGCGACGAACCAUUCUGAGGUUGUCCGGGUCCAGUAUGACCCGAAAGAGUGUAGCUUUGAGAGUCUGCUCGACGCCUUCUGGGCUCGCCAUGACCCGACUACCCUCAACCGCCAGGGGAACGAUGUGGGAACGCAAUACAGAUCUGGGAUUUACUUCUACAUGCCCGAGCAAGAGAAGGAAGCCAUCGAAUCCAAGGAGAAACAGCAGAAGCUUCUGAACAGGCAGAUUGUGACUGAGAUACUGCCUGCUAAGAAAUUCUACAGAGCAGAAGAGUAUCACCAGCAGUACCUUGCAAAGGGAGGAAGGUUUGGUUCCAAGCAAUCUGCAGCGAAAGGAUGCAAUGAUCCUAUCCGUUGCUAUGGAUGAGAUCUGUUAUCUACUCUAUGUUUCUGUUUCAAUAUUUUGCAACUUAGUAUCUCUGAACUAUGGCCAGAAAUAAAUGGGAAAUUUAUGCUGUACACAAUACCCAUUAUCAGUAACUGGUAUAUAUGUUUCAUAUAUAUAUAAACAAGAUUUUAGUUUGAGCUUCA